AACGACCCAUCACUUGCUCAGAGUCCACCAUGUGGAGACGUUGAAAUAUGAAAGCGUUUGUCACCUGCUAAGAAACAUCAAUGAAUAAGGUCUGGUCUGGAGUCACAGAGCUGGAUUUUGAUGGACAUAGCCUACACUAUGCUGAAAUUUAAGUUUGGUCUUCUAAUAUUCUUUGCAGUGAUAUGUUUAUAUUGGACAUGGUCCAUAUAUAUCAAAUUGAAUACAAACAAAUACCCUGCAAAAACACAUUGGCAAAUUCCCAUAAGUGAUCAAACAAUAACUCCGAUUAAAGACACUAAGCAUUUAAUGGUGUCUGCCUACAAAGACCACAGAGUGGAUGGAGCAAUCCGUAUCAUUAGUAUAAUCAGAAGAGGUGAUCUCCAGCCACUUCAUUGUUUUUUCUGUGGUGGACAUGGCUGCUUUCCUGCCUCAGUGGCACAGGUGGAGAUGCACAGUGACCAUUUUGGAUUCCCCUUUGUGACCACAGAUGUGCUGUGCCAGAGUCCAUCUAUGUAUAAUGUGACACAUGUCACUAUAUCAAUACAUUCAGAUAUCAAAGCCAACCAAAACCAGCACUUCCUGUCCAUACAAAACAAAGAACUGAGAGAGGAGAAGAUAUUGCCAUACAACUUUACAGUGUGCAUCUCCAACCUUUUCGGGGGCUACAACAAUGUCCUGCAGUUUGUUCAAACUAUGGAGAUGUACAAACUCCUUGGGGUGCAGAGAGUGGUUAUCUAUAACACCAGCUGUGGUCAGGACUUGGAACCAGUGUUAGUUCACUACAGGGAAGAGGGUAUACUGGAAAUAGUAGAAUGGCCGAUUGAUCAGUUCCUCAACCCAUCCAAAGGCUGGAGGUUUGAGGAGCACAAAGGAGAUCUCCACUACUACGGGCAGCUGACCACUCUGAAUGAAUGCAUCUAUAGAUACAUGUACCAGUCAAAGUAUGUACUUCUUCAUGACAUUGAUGAGAUUGUGAUGCCUUACCAACAUGCCAAUUUGCAUCUACUGCUGGAGGACCUUCAAUACCAGCACCCCAGAGUAGGAGUCUUUGUCAUCGAGAACCACAUAUUCCCCAAAAACCAUUACGAAGACAGUGGCAAGUUUAAACUGCCACAAUGGAGGGAAAUUCCAGGGAUCAAUAUCCUGGAGCAUAUUUACAGAGAACCCUCGAGAGAAGCUGUUAUCAACCCUACCAAACUGAUUGUCAACCCUAGACAUGUAGUACAGACAUCUGUUCACUCUGUGCUGAAGACUUUAGGGGAGACCUUCUGGGUACCACCUGAUGUGUGUCGGCUAGUACACGUCAGAGUUCCCCUGCAAGGGAGCCUCACUAAAGAUCAGCUGCUUGUGGACAAAAAGCUGUGGGAAUAUGAAAAGGAGCUAGUUCAAAAUGUUGACAACACUUUAAGGAAAUCUGGACUGUUGCUUUGAUGAUGCAAAUCUGAUUUUGACAUUCUUUUGUCAUUUUUGUUUCUUGGCCUAUUUCAUAUGAAUAAUAGUCUGUUUUGCUCUAGCCAAGCCUUGACGACUCGUUAGACAGUAAGGUCAGCCACCUCCCAACUUGGCAGAAAAGGACUGCGCGAUGAAAUGAAUAGGAGUGAAUUGACAAUUAUUGCAUUAUGAUCGUCCCUGAUGUUUUCCUAAGCUUCCCAAUACCUACCUGAUUGCAUUUCAGACUCUACAAACUAUACUUCCUUCGGAUUUAUUUUUGGACUAUCUUUUUUGCUAAAUAAAACAGCCAUAUGUUCCAUGUAAUAACUAUUUUAAAACAAUUCCAUAUGUUAGGGUAGUAAAUAUCAGACAAAAAUGGCUUAUAUUCUCAGUUUUGACACUUUGGUUAACUCUGUCAUUUAUUUGACAAACCUGUUUUUACCUUGUCCCAAGGACCUCCCCUUGUGUAUAAAAAGGUGGCGUUAUAUUAAAGGAUGUAAAGUUUUCAACCAAUUAUUCAGCAAUUAUCAAUAAUUUACUGAAUAAUUAGUAACAUUAAUAACAUUAAUUUCCAUUUGACAGUUGUGUGUACUAUUGCUGUUUGUGAGAGUGUAUCAUUAUUUGUUAAGUGAUUUUUAAUUGGAAAAAAACUUGAAAAUAUGUUAAUCUGAUUCCUCUCUUCCUGUUUCACAAACACCCGGAGGUAGACUGGCCAUAAGGAUUUUUUUUUUUACCAGCAAACAAAAACUUCUAAUGUGUAUUCACCAUCAGUUAUACAUGCAUGUCACUUUAGUGUUAGUUUCCAUACAUAUUGCCUCAUUCCAUUACAUAUUUUACCUUUCUUUCCUCUGUCACAUUUGUGUGAUUGUUCCUAAGGUUCGCUAGCAAUAGUGGAACAUAUGGCUAACAUAUUACAAUUUGGCCAAUAAUUUUGUGGCAAAUACCAGAUGGGCUGGUCCAUUUUUAGCCCAAUGGGCAUGUCAAUUUUGUUUUGUGGAAAAUGGUAAUUAUCUUUUUAAUACUGGGACCUUAAGGAAAAACAAUAUAUACUAGCAAAUGAAA